AAUGAUUGCGUAUGAAAAGAUUAGAGAUAAUCAAGUGAAGAUUAAUAUUCAAUCACAUGAGAGAUUAAAUGGUAAAUCGAGAAAAUAUUAUGUUGUCUAGAAGUGAGUUCGUGUUUUCAACUUUACUGUUUGUUGUUUUCGUACCAACGGACAUUUUCACCCGUAACCAAGGUUGUGACCCAAGUACAGGUCAAUGUGCGUGUAAAUUGAAUGUGAUCGGUCGCGAUUGUAACUCAUGUGCCAAGAAUCAUUAUGGAUUAGAGUUAUUCGAAGACGGAUGUCGACCUUGCAACUGUGACCCUGGUGGAUCUUAUAGUUUACAAUGUGACAUGAGAACUGGACAAUGUCCUUGUCGUCGAAAUGUAACCGGUCAAAGAUGUGACACAAUUGAAUCAGGAUUUUUUGUUCCAUCUCUUGAUGCAAUUAUUUACGAAGCAGAAAAAGCUGAUCACUCAAAUAAUGUUAUUCCAAUGACGAUGCCUGUGGUUCCAAGUGAACAGAAAAUAUGGACUGGUGAUGGUUUCGUCCGUGCCUACGAAAAAUCCUUCAUUAAUUUUACAAUUAACGUUCCCUAUCCAGCACGUUAUGAUAUAAUCAUCAGGUAUCAACCUUCUGAGUUCAUUUGGAGCGAAGGAACCAUUCUAGUCGAACCUUUAGCGAGAGAAGGUCACCCUAACCCUGGAAAUCGGUGCGGAAAAAAAUUCGUUUAUGGUAAACAAACAUUCCAAUUUCAACCUCAUAGCUAUUACACUACAAUUGGCUUUUAUUGUUUUGAUAGCGGGGAAAAGUAUCGGGUUAUAAUUGAUAUUGGCUUAUGGAAUGGAGGUUAUGAGAAUUCAUCAAUUUCUAUUGACUCGAUUGUAUUGAUUCCCCUUAUUGGCGAUAUCGAAUUGUUUGCUGAUCCAUCAAAAAAACUUCUACGCGAAGAGUACAGAAGAGGCCGAUGUGCGGAAUACUUGUACACGAUGUUAGGCUAUUCUAUACCAGAUCAAUGUAAACGAUAUUACCAAUCAAUGGCUCUUGCGAUGUACGAUGGAGCUCAAUCAUGUUACUGUGACGGAACUGGAUCAAAGUCGACAAUUUGUUCACCUCUUGGUGGUAAAUGUGACUGUCAAAGUAAUAUUGUUGGUCGUCGGUGUGAUUCUUGUGCCUUGGGUUUCUAUCAAUUCAGUCGUGAAGGUUGUUUACCUUGUGAUUGUCACUCUUCGGGCUCAGAAAAUUUCAACUGUGACAUAAACUCAGGUCAAUGUAAAUGUGGACCCAAAACUUAUGGCCGCCAAUGUGAUGAAUGUCAACCUGGUUUCUGGAAUUAUCCUCAAUGUGAUGAGAGAUGUGAUUGUAAUGGCCAUGCAAAAAUUUGUGAUUCUAAAACAGGAGCUUGUCGAGAUUGUCUCGACUUUACUGGUGGUCAUCGAUGUGAAAAGUGUGUCAAAGGCUAUUAUGGUAAUCCAUUGAAAGGAAUCGAUAUUCCUUGUAAACCUUGUCCAUGUCCAGGUAUUCCUGAGUCUGGUAAUUUCCACGCUGAAUCAUGUCAACUUGACCCAAUGACGAACUCGCCUCGAUGCUAUUGUAAGAUUGGCUACAUUGGUGAAAGAUGUGAUCAAUGUGAUGAAAAUUAUUUCGUCUCCGACACUCCGAUAAUCAGUGAAACAGGAACUCUCGAGAUCAACAAAUGUCUUCCAUGUAAUUGUAGUAAUAACAUUGACAUUUCGACUCCAGGUAAUUGUGAUCGACGAACUGGUGCUUGUCUCAAGUGUUUAUACAACACUGAAGGAGAUCAUUGUGAACGAUGUCAAAAAGGUUUCUUUGGAAAUGCCUCGGACACUCCAUGUAAAAAGUGUGUUUGUUCAGCUGUGGGUACGCAAAUAACAGAAGAGAUUUGUGACCAUGUAUCUGGACAAUGUCCAUGUUUACCCAAUGUCGUUGGUACUCGAUGUGAUAAAUGUGAAAUAAAUCAUGGGAAUAUAAAAUCGGGCAUUGGUUGUUUUCCAUGUGAUUGUAACCCUCGUGGUUCAUUCAAUUUGAGUUGUUCUAUGCUUGAUGGUCAAUGUUCAUGUCGACCGGGACAUGGAGGAUUAAAGUGUAACGAAUGUCAACCUAAUCAUUGGGGUGACCCAAAAAUCAUGUGUUAUCCAUGUGAAUGUGAUCCAACUGUAUCAUCGAGUCUACAAUGUAAUAAACACGAUGGUUCUUGUGUUUGUCUCAAGGGGUUUUCUGGUAAAAAGUGCGAUCAAUGUGCUCGUGGUUACUGCGGAAGUGCACCAAUAUGUGAAGCAUGUGAAGUUCGUUUCGAGAAAUGGGACUGGACUAUUCAACAAUUGCGAAACGAAACAUCGAGCUUGAUUAGCAGAGCUAUGAAAAUUAAAUUGAUUGAGAAUCAAUUGGCUACUGCUGAGAAUUUGAUUCCUUCCAGACUAUCUAUAAAUGAAUUCGUUGGCGAUCUUCAAAAUAUAAGUAAUCUGCUGAUUGAAAAUAUUUCGUUGGUGGAAAAAAAUAUCGAAACGAUUGUCCAACAAACAGCUCAAGCCAAUUCCCGUCUCGAUAAAAUUGAUUUGUUCACCAAAGAUUUGGAAGAACUGAGUUGCUCAUUCAAAGAAGAUACAAUAGUGGCUUAUGGUGUUCGUAGUAGACUUAAUCAAUCGAAAGUCGCUGCUGAAAGAGCCUCGAUUGCAGAUAAACGUGUUGGCAAUUUACUCUAUUCGUCUGAAAGCUUACGAGAUUCAACACAAUAUUUUCUUGGUCUGAUUAGGUAUGACCACGAAAAAUCAAUGGAAGACAAUCGAGGAUCGUUAGUUAUGAUUUCAAGAAGUAUUCAAGAUCUUAAACAUAAUAUUUCUGACAUCAACAAAGUGAUCUGCGGUAACAGAUCAACGAUCGACGAGUGUGGUUACGUUUGUGGUGGGAUAGGAUGUGCAAAGUGUGGAGAUAUUUCUUGUGAUGCAGCGACAUCUAAAGCUCGAUCAGCGUUGAAUUAUGGUCAAGAUACGGAGAAAAAGUUGAAAGAACUUCGAAAAAAAGGAAAAAAGGAAAUGAGAAACAUCGAGGAAGCUCGAAGACGAAGUGACGAAGCUCUUAGAGAAGCACAAAGAGCUUAUGAGCGAGCAGUUGCAACCAAGAACAAUUCAGAAGCAAUGAACAAAAAAAUCGAAGAAUUUUUCAGUCCAAUCAACGAAUUCGUGGAAAAAUCAACGACACCAUCAGAGAUCAGAACCAUGGCCGAAAAUUGUUUAGAAAUCAAAAUUUUACUUACUCCUGAUGAUAUUAAUAAUAUAGUAAAGGAAAUUACUUCCGUCUCUAAUGGUAUUAACGACGAGGACUUUUCAAGAGCCGAGGCCGUUUUUAGAUAUGCUAAAGAUCUUGAGGCCGAUAUCAAUGAGACUCUAAACAACAUGAACAAGGCGCUUUUUAGAUCAACGGAAGUGUCAAAUAUUCUGAAAGCCGCUCAAGAAGAUGAAGAAAAAUCUGCUGAUUUAAUCAAAUGCGCCAGGGCUGAGGUGCAAGACGAUUUUACUGAAUUAAAGAUAAUUUUAAAUAAAAUUGAUCAUAACACUUCAGUCAUUCAGGAAAAAAUCGACAAGUUACCCGAGAGAUUCGAGCGAUUGUUUAAACCCCGAUAUUGGAGGGACAUUAGAGUUUUCAUUGCGAACGCACAGAGAAUAGCGAGAGAGGAAACGCCAGAAUUGAUAAUCAUCAAAGAAAAAUUGGAGGAAAAGUACAGUAAAUACAAAAGACUUAAGGACGAAACGCCCGAUUUGAUCGAAGAUAGACUUAUCUUCGCGGCUGAUAUGCAUUAUCGCUCGAAAAAACUUGCAGAAUUCGUAAAUACAUUGAUAAUAAUCGAAGAAGAUAUAGAGAACUUAUCCAAUUUAUUUGAAAGUUCAUUGAGCACACAUGAAGUCGAAAUCAAGAAAUUAAAAGUCGAAUUGCAAGGUUCUAUGAAAAUAGUUGAAACUCGAUGGAAUUUUCUUGAAAAAUGUCCACUUCGAUGAGAACACGAAAGAAAAAUGGAGCAACAAUAGACCAACGAAAAUGAUUUCCAAUCAAUUUAUUAAUAACGAAAAUCGUUUAAUUAUAAGUAUAAUUGAAUCAAUGUUCCCA